CGCGUGCCGCCCGCGAUAACAUGUCGCAUAUUUCGCGAAAAAAAAGUAAAUAAAUAAACAUAACUUAUAUAUAAGUAAAAUAUCGUCUUCCAAUUCAGUUGUUAUCGGGCAUCUGAAGUGAGUGUAGCAAUAACCUGCUAAAAAAUAGGCGGGAAAAAUUAAAAAACAAAUAGUUUUUUUUUUUUAAUUUUAACGAUGGAAUUCUUUAAAGUGAUUUAUGUUUUCGGUGUUAUUGUCGGUUUUGUGAUGUGUGAUUCAGGAUCUGAUUGGUCGUACAGUUAUGAAACGCAAUGGCCCAACCAGUGCCGCAACGGUGGACAGCAGUCUCCCAUCAACAUCAUGACCAGGAACACCGUGGUGGACACAUACGGUGCUCAUAUCCGGGGACCACUAGUCUUCCGCGGCUAUGGAGAUGUUAACCUUCGCGCAACCAACACAGGCCGCACGUUGAAAUGGAUGGUGGAGGAGGACGGUCCCGCACCUGUGUUGUCUGGCGGCCCUCUCCGAGGCAAUUACACGUUCGUGCAAUUUCAUCUACACUGGUUCUCCGAGCACGCGAUAGAUGGCAUGAAGUACCCAAUGGAAAUCCACUUACUGCACGUCAAGACUGGACUGACAGUGGCGGAGGCUUUGAAGAGGUCUGAUGGUUUAGCUGUCAUCGCUGUACUCUGUAGGGUGUUCGCGGAUGACGAGGACAAUGACUAUAGUCUGCAUCAGUUAGCCGACAUGUUGCCCUCUCUGCAGAACAGGACAACCGCAGGAAGUGAACUGCCCAUCACAUUGGACUUGUAUCGUCUGAUGAGCGCACAACGCCAAGCUUACUACACGUACCACGGCUCGCUGACGACGCCUGACUGCCAGGAAGUGGUCACCUGGAUAGUACAGGAGGAACCCAUCAUCAUAUCUGACUCACAGUACAAACUAUUCCGUCAAGUGAACGUAGGCGGCGUCGACAACUACAGAAGCUUACAACCUACCAACCGAGUUGUGUACCGCAGUGCUGGCUCGUCGUUGUACAAUCCAUCACCGAUCGGCAUGCUGGGUGCGCUACUUAGCAUCACCUCCUUACUCAAGUCAACUGUCGGUUCGGGACUUUGUUUCAUCACCAAUUUAAAAAGAAAAUUCUUCACCGAUUCAUCAAACGCAUGCAAAGGUGAAUAGUCAAGGAAUUAUUCCCUUCUCAUUUAGGGUCAUUGUCUUAAGCCAAAACUGUGUCAUUGUCUGAUCAUUAUAAGUCCCCACCGAGGGGCUCAGAAACUACACAAUUUAGGGGUGACUAGGCCAUAGUCAACCACACUGUGUAUGUAACCCUAACGAAAAAAAUUUCCAACGUAUAACCUUAAAAUUGACACAGUAAAAGUUAAUAUGUAGAAGUAAUUGCAUGGAUAUUUUUAUUAAACUAUCUAAUGGUUUUUCGCUGGGUGACCACUAGUUAAUAUGAUCGAUCAAUCGCCAAUCAAGUGUCAAUAGGCUAAGAAGCGAGCUUAUCAUUAUCUCAAAG